GACGGUAUAAAGAGCCAUUUAAAAGUCCGCUUAUGUCAAAAUUUUCGAGAGAUUUUUUUUUUCCGGACCGAAUGUGUGAAGGAAAACGUGAUUCCUGCAUGAUCCUCGCACGUAAAUGAAUGUCAAGUUACCAAGUGUUCGAGAUCUUGUAAAGCUCUAUGGACUUUCUGCAAAACAGACCCUCAGUCAAAACUUCAUUUUUGACAAGAAUAUAACAGACAAGAUUGUGCGCUGUGCGGGAAUCACAGCAGCUGAUUCUCUCGUUGUCGAAGUCGGUCCCGGACCAGGUUUGUUAACGCGGUCUGUACUCGAUACGAACGUCCAACAUGUGGUAGCGCUGGAGAAAGAUUCUCGCUUUAUUCCAACUUUGACGCAACUCGCAGAUGCAAAUGAUCACCGGCUUAAAAUUCUUCAAGGAGAUGCUAUGAAAGUUCCUCACUCAGAUAUACUCCAGCUGGCGGGCAUCCACCGUGUGGAUCCAUUGAAGAGAAUACAUAUUGUUGGUAAUCUGCCGUUCAAUGUAGCAACACCGUUGCUUAUACAAUGGCUCCAUCUACUUCAGCAAAGGAAAGGUCUGUUUGGUGCUGCGGAGGUAUGGAUGACACUGAUGUUUCAAAAGGAAGUUGCGCAACGUAUAUGUGCACCGGUGAAUACACCUGAUCGAGGAAGACUAUCUGUGAUUACGCAGACACUUUGCAGUGCCAAUAUUCCAUACUUAAUCCCAUCCAGUGCAUUUUUACCGAAACCAAAGGUCGAUGCCGCCAUCGUUCAUCUACGACCAUUACAAUACCAAGAAAUGCCUUUCGAUUUGUUGGAGGAUGUACUACGUUUUUUCUUCACGCGGAAGCGAAAAUCGGCGUCACAUAUCUUGAACCUUCUUCAAUCGCAGUUGAAAUUGGAAACUGCACUUCCGUCAAGCAUCGACAGCAAUGCAAGGCCAGAAAAUAUCACAACGCAACAGUUUAUACAAUUGGCAAUUUCGUUGCGAGAAAUGGGUAUCGAUAGAUUAUCGUAGACACUUAUAAAUUCGACUCCCAUCGGCUGCAUGGGUGUCACAAACAUUUUUGACGCCUUGCAAUCUCCACUGCGUUGCACCGUGUCAAAAGCGCCACAGGUAAAGGCGGCGAUUACCGCCAUUUCUGCCUUACAUCGCCGCCAUCAAAAUUGUAACAUCUAGUAUGCUAUUGUAUAUAUGUAGACAUCGACGGUGAUACACACUCAGACAUGAUACCAGUUCCCAAUUUAUAUCUAGACCCAUUUUAUUCAUAGAUGUAUGAUGUUACACUUUCACAAUGCAACAUCACACUACAUUAAAGUACUCAGUUUCCCGCAAA